CGCCCUCUGCGUUGGGGGGAGGGGAAAUAUCAAAAUGCCUACGACUCGAAGCAGACGUGGAUCACAGUUGGUGUGUUUGUUUUUAUGCUUUUCCGGUGUUUUCUUCGGUUCCUUGUAGAGUUUCGUUGUUUUGGAGAAUCACAACCAUUGUUUAAAAGAUGGCGACAUCUGGAAAUGGGACCUUCAUACCAAUGGUAUCGGCUUCACCACCUCCGAUGGAUGAUGUUGCGUUUGACUUUGAUGACGAUGAUGAUGAAUUCAGUAAUUUCUCCAGCGCACCCAUAGGUCUAGACUCUCCUCCAGGCAAGUGGGUUGGUACAAAGAAAGGGUCCUUUGAGCCCAUCAGAUCUGAUCCAACAGAUCCCUUCCAUCCAACCGAUGACUCUCAUCCGUCCAACAAUGAUGAUGACUUUGAAGCAUUUGCAGCCUUCGGCUCAUCCAGCUCCAGUCACGAUAAGCAGAACAGUAAUGAUAGGCUUGUAACGAAUAACAAUAUUAGAGGACACUCUAUGAAUGGCAAUGAGAGUAAUGAGGAAGACGAGUUUGCAGAUUUUGCAGCUUUUGAGAGUAACCCUGUAGGAGAAUCCAAUAAGAACGACGGGUCAUAUUUAGACAAUGGUAGGCAAAGUGAAGUUUCAUCAUCCGUUGUACUCAAUAAGAACAACUCUCAUGAAAAUUGUGAAUCACAUAAUGCACAUUAUCCUCAGAGUAUAGAAAAGCAUGACAAAGAUUUGGAUAAAGCUCCUGAUAAAGCUCUCCACUCAGAUGACAGUACUCAUCCCCAUUCUGAAAUGCCACACGCAGGAACCAAGGCAGUGUAUCAGAAUGAAGGUGGCAUGCUUUCAGACAUUCAGUCAAGAAUUCCUUCUCAGUCUUCUCUAGAUUACCCAGAACCAUCCCAUAAACACAACAACACUAUGGGAGAUAAUGAUGAGAGCGAGGUUACAAGGAGAGAAAGUGACUCUUCAGCUGCUCAUUUAGAGAAGCCAUCAACAGGAUCUCUCAGUCUCAUCAAAGAAAGCGACAGACAAACUUUUGAUUCUGGGAUUGACAGUAUCAUGACACCCUCAGACUCUAGUCCCGAAGGCAAAGAUGAUUGCUCAGAGAAUGUUAUCAGUGAAGAGGAUUCAAACAGUCGGUCGUCAGAUAACGGGCCAAAUACAGCAAACGAUGAUGAAUGGGGUGAUUUUGAUACCUUUUCAUCUACAGGUAGUCAUACAAAGCACUCGGGUGGGAUGGAUAGGGCAGAGCCGGCGGACACUGUUAACCCAGUUGCAGAAGACUCGUCCAUCAAUGACCAAGAAAGUGAUGAUUUUGGGGAGUUUGGAUCAGUAGCAAGAACUCAGCCAACAAUUUCAGACAAUACAGGGAAAGAGGUGCUUUCAAAUUCAGAGAGCUUACACAAAUCUGACAGUGGCAAUAUUACAAAUAGUUUGUCAACACCUCAAAAUAUAACAACAGUGCAAUGUGAUGAUGAUGAUGAUGAUUUUGGAGACUUUGGCAAUGCUAAGCAAGAAAGCACUGACAGUGCGAUUCCAUCCAGUAGGCAAGAUGAUGAUGAUUUUGAUGAUUUUGGAGACUUUUCAUCAACCAAGAGUACAAGUGAACAUGAAAUUAGCAAACAAUUACAAGACAAAAGUGAUGGCGAUUGGGGCAAGUCUAGCGGUGACAAAAACCCAGCCCCUGCAGGAGCAGCAGAAGACUUUGGAGAGUUUGGAACAUUUGGAUCAAAUCCUGGUUCUAUGUUUGGUUCUACUGAGGACUCAAAAGAUGAUGAUGAGUUUGGAACAUUCAGCUCGACUAGUGGAUCAGCGCUGGGUCAGGAUGAUACAAAAAGCUCAAAAAGUGAUGAUUUUGGAUCGUUUGGGAGCAGCAGGACUGUGUCAGGUUCCCUAGACAGCACGACAAUCCAGUCAGGAACAGGCAGUGUCUCCUCAAAGGUACCUCCUGGUGGAAGGGUGGAGAGGCUCUUCAAAUCCUGCUUCCCAGGGUCUGUAGCAGCAGGAACAUCAAACAACCAACCAGUGCAAGUCCUACGAGAUAUUGUGACGGUCAAAGAGCCGGUACCAGCUAAAGCCAAAGCAGACAAAAGCUCUGCUACCAAUGGUAUGGUUUGGCUUUCACUCAGUGACAUGGAGAAUACAAUGGCUCAGAAAUACCACUGGAAUGAUUCCAAGAACAGUGGAAAACUUCACUUAUCUCUCGGCAUUGAUUCAAGAAAUAUUCUACCACCAGGGCGUGGCGGACGCCCCUUGUUUGCCCAGGAGCUUGGUAUGUUGACACCCAGUAAACCUGGUGAGGGCUCCGACAAGAUACCCCUAGGUGCUGGAGGAGCUAGUGAUGCUGUCAGCAGUGCAGGAGCGGAAGAUGCAGGCGUGGCGUCAACCAACUCCUCUGGUACCGAGGAUACUGUCCCCAAAGCCGAGUUUGACUGGAGCAACAGUGGUCUUAUUAACCCUUUAGAUGCAAACAGCUUAAACCUGGACUUUUUCGCCAAUGAGCGAAAGAGCUCGUCUUCUAGACAUAAAUCUAGAUCAGUGCAAAAAGUGGAUCCGGAACUCCUGGACCUAGCAGUGAGCCCAUCUGACCCUCCACUCAAACCAGCAUUGACUCCAUCCUCCUCCUCCAACCAAUCAUCCUCAUCAUCCUCCUCAUCCCAGAAGAAGUCUCCUACCGCCCUGGAUGAGAUCCUCAAACACUCGUCAUCAUCCAUGGUCAAACAGAAACCAAAGCGAGAGACGGGUCUCAGCUCUGAAGCUAACUCUGUCCUGGAUUCACUCCCUGAUCUCUCCUACAUGCUGGCUAAGGUCCUCAUGUUCCCUGUCGCUUCCUCCAACUCAGCAUCUCCAUCCAAACUGGCCAAGAGCGAUGCGGUCCCCGGCACCGGCUGGGCGGAGUCAAUCUCAUGACAGGCAGAUAGGUAGCCAGUAAGGAUGCAGUCUCAAACAUGGGAUGGGCCAAGUCAAUGUCUUGACAAACAGACGGAAGCCCCUCCCAUUUCUGGCAUGGUCUAGUUGAAAUGACUCAACAUGGACACACAUUUCAUUUACAUGCAAGAAAUAUUUCUAUGUUUUAAUGAUUAGAGGAAGGAGAUCAAGUGGUGAGGGUAAGGGAUCGGUAAUCACACUUGCAGUAAUCCCUGUCUUGCAUUUUACUCCUCGUAUCUCAAAUCCCUUGCAGACCUCCAUGUCAGUAAAUAGUACAUGAAUGUUGCAUCACUAUAAUCAAUACAGGUACUGUAUUAUUCACAUGAUCAAUCCUACAUAUUUCAUGUGUAAUAAACUAAUAUACUGUAGAAAUAUACAGUGGUACAUAUAAUACAUAGAGGUAUACAUGGUUGUAUGUUCUACAAUGAUCAUGUCCAUUAAGGAGCAGAAAGCAAUAAUAUCUAUCUCAGAGAUUUAAGGAGGUUUGUGGCCAUGGAUAAGACUCUCAUCUUGCAGGUAACUUAAUGCCGAUGCCUCUAGCUGUAUCGGUAUUCAAGUUUUCCCAUGACAUUGCUCAUAGCAUCACAAGCCUGGUCCAAACGUGAUGCGGUAAACCACCUUCAGAAAAACAAAGAACUUUGAAAUAUACACCCUUUUAUGUGUUGAUAAAUGGCAGGAAAAGAUAGCCAAAAGGAGAUCCACUCGACAAAGGCAACUCAUCAUUCUUAGCUCUGUGUGUUAUGAUAUACAAAAGAGUGGAGCAUAUGCUUAUUUCAGGCAGUGAUUUAUUUAAAGGGGUCCAGUAACUUUGUCUCAGAUUCUGAAACAAAAUCUUGAAUUUAGCUCAUGCUGCAAUGAUAAUUAUAAACCUUUAGGUCAGUUAGAAACCCCAUGAC